AUGGUCUCAAAAAUCAACCUCUUCUUUCUUCCUUUAGCCUUAAGUGUCUUCCUGGCUGGAACAAUCAGUUCUGCUCAAGAAACAACGCCAGGUUCAAGUGGUGAUUUAGGAGGCUUAUAUCAACCUCCCCAUCCGGCAAAACGUAUGCCAGAAGGUGCAGCCUUUGGAAACGGAGGUGGUAUCAAAUCACUCCGUCCGACAAAGGGAAAGCGUGAACCAUAUGGAAACACAAAUCUUCCUCAUAGGACUCCCAAAAAUCAUACAAUAAAGCGUGAGCCAGAAGCUAUGAAUAUCUUACCACGCAGGAUUACAAUUAUCCGCACAGGCAAACGUGAUGACGACGAUGAAACACUAUCUGGAAAUGUGAACCCAAAGAAACGUAGCCCGCAAGAAGGCGGUGACAGCGGUGUCAAUAACAAACCAGCACCACCUUCUGGAGGUGUGAACCCAAAGAAACGUAGCCCACAAAACGGAAACGGUGAUGAACCCAACAAAGGAGGAGGACCACCUUCAAAACGUAGCCCACAAGGAGAUGGAUCUGGCUCUGCCUCUGGCGGAAUCGACCACUGA